CCUCUCACCAGUAAAAGCAGAAGAAGGUGAAGCAGCAGCAACACACUGACACUGUCUGAGCAACACAACGAUGCGACAAACCAGCAACAUGCGUCUCUUCGUGGUACUGGUGGUGAUGGUGUUCGAGCAGCUGAUGGUGCUGACCUCUGCCCAGUCCCGGUGUGACCCCCUGACCCAGUAUGACCACGCCGGCCAGUGCUGCACUAGGUGUCCUCCAGGAACCAAGAUGUCGAGUCAGAGCUCGUGUUCCAAUCCUCAGUGCACAGAGUGUGGACCCCAUGAAUAUCAGGAUCAAUACACCACAGAGUCCCAGUGUAAAGUUCAGCCGUACUGCGACCCGAAUAAAAACAUGGAGGAUUCCCAGCCAGCGAGCAAGAAGAAGCUAAGCACCUGCAGCUGCCUGAUGGGGUUCCACUGCUCCAGUGGCGAGUGUGUUACCUGUGUGCCGCACACAACCUGCAAACCAGGACAACACGCCAAGUCCAUAGGAAACCACAGCCGGGACACCGUGUGUGAGAGCUGCCCCGAAGGCUCAUUCUCCACUAGCACCUCGUGGAACAGUGUGUGUGCGAAGUGGACAGAAUGUACGAGUGGAUACCAGGUCCGGGAGAAGGGAACCCACGUGUCUGACAUCGUUUGUGAGAAAACUCCGCGGCACCAGGGAGGUCUGAUUGCGGCUGCUGUUGUUUUUGGAAGUGCAUUGUUUGUGUUUUUACUUGCGUGUUUUCUAUGCAGAGCAGGAGACACGAAACAACGGGCAAAGGGCUGUUUGGAAUCGUGCCGCGGGGACCGGGAGAAGCUACCGAGGGCACCCAGCCCGAUGUUAUUCACUCAGGUCGACGAGACUGAGAGCGAUCCUGAGCCGCGGCUGUCCCAGGAGGACGAAGACAUGAAGAUGCCAGAGGAGAACCUGGAGGAGGAGAGGGAGGAGCUGCUGUCGGAGGGCGUCCUCAGUGAGAACGGACAGUUUGUGACACAGGAGAGAGGGAAAGACUCGAUCCAGCCCCAGCAGGAGACACAAGUGCAGACGAGCAUGGACUGAAAAUCCUCUUUCUGAACUGUAUGUAGAUGGGAAUGUAAAACGUUACGUCUCAUAUUUCACUUGCACUUAAUUCUCCUCCUGUAAAUAUAUACAUAUAAAUAUCACAUGGUGUCAGUUAUAGAAUUGAAACCUCUGCAGUAGUGUAGAGGAUAUUAGAGUGUUGCAUGCUACGGGACUUUAAUGUAUUGUUUUUUAGGGGUUUUGUAAUUUAUGGGCUGUUUUACAUUUUGUAUUUUAGUUUGUACGUGUGUUCUCUCCCUCUUGUGUAUUAUAAUGUGUUUCCAGCUAUAAAAGUGUCAAUAAUAAAGUGUAUAAUGGCG